AGUGCCAUUUUCUAGUAUUGUUGACUUCUUUAUGGAAAGGAAGAAAAUUCUUCAAUGGAAUGGACUUCAGUGGCAGAGCAUCAAUAUAUCUGUGCCCUGCAAUUUCCCUUUGGUCAUAAGGUAGGAAAAUUCCAUUGAAACAUUCACUAAUCUGAAAAAAAGAAGAAUAAAUAGAAAUUAGAUUAAAGCAGGCAAGUAAAAACUGUACUGCAGCAAUAUUCUUCAAAAAAGAUUAAAAGAAAUUUUAAAGAGACAAAACUGUCUACAGUUCCUAAACUGUUAGUUAGCUCCUCAAACAUCCACCCCAAGAAAGGAAUUGUACAAAGAACAAGACAGCACAGGAGCAGGCUGUUCGGCCGUCCAAGCCUACGCAAACAUGUUUUGCUCCUCCUUACAAAAACCGCCUUCACCUACAGGAUCCAUAUCUGUCUGUUCCCUUCCUAUUCAUGUAUUCGUCCAGGUGCAUCUUGAAUGCAGCAGUUGUGUAUGCUUCCACCACCACCUCUGGCAGUGCAUUCUAGACACUCGCCACUCUUUGUGUGGAAAAACUUGUCUCGCCCUUCUCUUUUAACCUCCACCUGCACACCCCCAACCACUGCACCUGUGUCCCCGAGUAACUGACCCCUUCACCCUGGGAAAAAGCCUCAUACUUUCCACUCAAUCCAUGCCAUUCAUAAUCUUAUAAACUUCCAUCAGGUUUCCCCCUCAACCUCCCGAGUUCUAAUGAAAACAAAUUCAGUCUAUCCAACCUUUCUUCAUGGCUAAAAUCCCCCGUACCAGGUGACAUUUUGGUAAACCUUUUCUGUACCCUCUGCAAAGCAUCUGCAUCACUCUGGUAGUGUGGUGCCCAGGACUGUACACAAUAUUCCAAGAGCGCCCUAACUGAAGUUCUGCAAAGCUGCAACAUUAUUUGUCUAUCCUCAUACUCAUUACCCCCUUCAAAGAGGAAAUGCUUGCCAUAGGCCUUUUUUUUUAACUACCUUAUCUAUGUGUGCUGCCACCUUCAGUGGUCUGUGGAACUGCACACCCGGUUGACUCUGCAUAUCAAGUCCUGAGGGUUCUGCUAUUCACUGUAUAGUUUUCACCCGUACUUGAACUUCCAAAAUUCAUCUCCUCACAUUUGUCCAGAUUGAACUCCAUCUGCCAUUUUUCUGCUCAUGCCUCCAACUGAUCUUUAUCUUGCUGUAACCUCCUCAGUCCUCCUCAGUAUCCACAACUCCACCAAUCUUUGUGUCAUCUGCAAACUUAGGAAUUAGGCCAGCCAUGCUUUCCUCUCAAUCAUUUGUGGACCACGAAGAGCAGAGGCUCCAGCACUGAUCCCUAUGGAACACCACUAGUCUCGAUUUUCCAUUCCAAAAAGCAUCCUUCCAUUGCUACCACUGUCUCCUAUGACUAAGCCAGUUAACUAACCAUCUUGCCAGCUCACCCUGAUACCACGUGACUCAUCUUUUGUACCAGUCUGCCAUGUGGACCUUGUCAAAGGCUUUACUGAAGUCCAUGUAGACAACAUCAACCACUUUUCCCUCAUCAAUCAUCUUCAUUACCUCCUCAAAAAACUUGAUCAAGUUAUUGAAGCACAACCUCUCCCACACAAAACCACGCUGACUAUUGCUAAUUAGCCCAUUUGUUCUAACUGCUUUUAGAUCUUGUCCCUGAGAAUCUUUUCCAGUAUUUGCCUACUACCAACAGAAGGCUCAAGGCCUAUAAUUUCCUGGAUUAUCCCUGCUACCCUUUCUUAAACAAUGGGACAACAUUGGCUACUUUCCAGUCCUCUGAGACCUCACCUGUGGCCAAAAGGGAUGCAAAGAUGUCUGUCAAUGCUCCAGCAAUUUGUUCUCUUGCCUCCCUCAAUAUUUUGAGAUGAAUCCCAUCAGGACUUGAGGACUUAUCUACUUUUAAUACUUCUUAAGAUGCACAAUACCUCUUCCUUUUUAAUAGCAACUUGGCUUAGAAGUUCCACAUCCCCUUCCCUGAGAUCACCCUGUACCUGUACGCUGCUAACACCAGCUCUUGUCUUUUGAAUUUUAUGUCUCCUUCUUAAAACCAGGGACAUUAAUCUGGUAUCUUUUUCAACAAUUUUGUACAUAAGCUGUUACUAAUUCAAUUACCUCAUUAUCCUUCACAAAUGUGUUGCAGAGUAUCCACUGCCUUAUUGAUGUCCUCUCCAAGUGAGUAAAAUGGACCCUACUUCUUGUUUAAUUUUAAAACCGUGGUUGGAGUCCUUAUAAAAGCAGAACCCGUAAAAAUGGAAGUGAGAAAAUGCACCAUCAGUGUUUAAAAAGUGGAAAUGAAAUAUUUCCUUAAGGACAGAUGGUGCAAAUAUUGUUAAAGAUUAAUUUUAAAACUCACAAAUGAUCCAUGAUAACCUGAAAACAUGUAUUGUUCCUUUUAGCAAUUGCUAAAAGUACAGAAUCUUCAAAAUCAGGAAUGUUAAUGGAUGAACAAAACUUGUUCGAGACUUUUAUCGAAAAAUACGCUAAUGACCGGAAAGUAUUCAGUUUUUCAUAUUAAGUCUUUAUUGAAUCAACUUAGCUGUAACAAGUGGCAGUCUGUUUCUGGUAACAAAUAAACCUAUAUAAACUACAGAGAUAGUAGGAGCUGCAGAUACAAAUGGUUUUGCAGAAUAAGAAUUGCGCACUACUAGACAAUGAAUUGCACUAAUCUUUUUUAAAGUAUUUAUUUCCAUGAAGUUUAUAUUUUAAUUGAAAUUUUGUUUUUUUUGGUUUACUGCAGAAUUCAUCAUAAAUUGAAAAAAAUUGCUCAACGGACAUGUAGAUGAAAUGCAUGAAGUGAUACAUCUCUUCAAACAAAAUGAAUAAAGAACAUUAUCGUGGGUUACAAGAAUAGGAACAGUGGUAAAAUGGAAGAUAAUGAAAAGUACACAGGAAAUAGAAAAGGAAGAAAAAGUUGUGGAUUGGAAUCCAGCAUAAACAGAAAAUUUGUGCAAAAUGCAGUAGAAGAAUUAACAAACACAAAUAAAAAUUGUGCCAGUUCAGCGGAUAAUGAUGGCUAUUAUUCAGCUUUGCAACAAUAUUAUGGACGACUAUCAACCAAAUGCCAGAAGGUUGGAACAAAGAUGGCAGACAAGUUCCAUGUUGAACAUGAGGACGCGAUGGAUGAUGAUGAGAUCAAAAGUACAAAGAGUAGAAAUAGCUCCUCCAAAUCUGUUGCGAAUAUGAACUUGUCAAAGGGCUUUGUGAGAAAACCUGGUAAUAGUCAGCACCGAUUUUCGGUGGCAUACCUUGCAGAAACUGGAAAUACCAGAGUUGAAUUUGAACAAAGCUGUCACCUGCCUGGAUUGAAUAGAAUUAGCCUGGACCUGGAAAUUGGGCACAGAUCUGUAAGUCAGGCUGCAAACCAUUCAGAAGGAAUUGGCACUGACAAGUUGUGCUUAGAUAACUGUGCACGAAAUGUAGAAGGUACUCGCAGUGAGAAAGAAGCUGGUCUGGACCUUGUCCCACGUGUGCAAUCUGAAGUUGUUUUCCCAAGUCCAGUUCAACACGUUCCUUUUUUAACUUCAACUUGUGAAAAGCCUGAAGGAAAGAUGAACAAAUUAACAAAGUAUCCUGAUGGCAACAUUCAUUCGACUAAGUCUACCACCUCUAUAGCAACCAGUUUAAGCAAAACAUCUAUCAAGCCUUGCACAGGCAUGAUCUCCAAUGGAGCUAUUUGUCACAGCACCAUCAGCAAAUGCUCUGACAAAGAAGAUGAUAUAAAAGAAGAAUAUAUUUCUGACUUCAAUCAUACGUUUUGCAAGAAGGCAAGAGCAUGCACUGGAAGUCUACUUCCUGUUGUGGAGUCUGGUAUGAGAAGCCACAAUCAGAAGCAGCCUAGGAGGUCCGCCCUAAAGAAGUCAUUCGAUGGGCAUAAUCAUCCUCAAAUGUUGCUUCUGAAAGUUCCUAAAACGAGAGAUGAAUGGAUGGAUAGCUGUGGAAAGGAGACUUCAAAGAGAAGUGUGAAAGGCUGCUUACAAAAGAAAUAUCCUGUACCCAUCUAUCAGUCGUUAAACCAAGAUUUUAGACGCUCAAUUCCUGAAGCAUCUACUGACUUUUGCAUUAAUUGCUCUUAUGAACAGAAGCAAGACUGCAGAUUCAGGCAACCUUGCCACCAGUCCUCGCCUUGUUAUCAGAGUGUGCAUAGUCUAGGGUGUGAUGAAAAAUGUACUUUUCAAGUCGAGAAUGAACAGACUUGUUUACAACUCUCAGACUCCGUGAACUUGAAGCUGUCUAAAUUCCCUUCAGCAGAGCGUACUAUUGAAUUAUCUAGUUCCCACGGAGGUCACGUUCCUAUAAUAACAAUGACUUGUCCUACUCCAGUGCCACAUUGAAGCUCUUCAUAGUGAGAUGCUUUGCAGAAGGUUGUUGUCAACUUGCUUUCCCCUAAUAGAGAUAAAUCUGUUGGGUAACUAUAUUGUAAUAGUUUUAUUUUUAGUCCAGACUAACCAGACAAGAGUGUGUGUGUGUGGUUGAGGCAAGUGCCUAACCCACAUAUUGGAGCCCAUAGAAAUUUUAACUUCUCAUUUCCAUAUUCAGGCUUGAACUUGUACCCAGGUUCUGCACUGACCAGUGGGAGGAAAUUUAGGGAUGUUGGACACCAUCAGGAAACAAUAGGAAUGGGGUGUUAAUGUGCUUUUUAGUGUAGCCUGUAUGUAAAGCCAUGAUUUACUGGGUGUGAUGUUUGUACGUAUUCAUGAUAAAUUUUCUGUAUUGGUAUAAUAGCUUAUUGUAUCUUUUCAGAUUCCUUCAUGGUCAAUAAAUAAUUUUAGAAGCGCAGUGCUGUAGGAAAUUGAAGUCAGUUGUGAGAUCCUGUAUUAAUCUCUUUAUUAGUUAGUUAAGUUGCUUUACUAUAAAAAUAAGAAAUGAUGUUUUUGAUAUUCAUUGGUACAGGCAGACUGGGCACUUUUAAUCACCAAGUGAGGAAGGGUGAAUUGGCUUCCCUGUUAAUGACCCCUCCCCCAAGUUGGUCAUAUCAAAGAUUUUUAAAUUUUUCACUUGUGUAGCUCUGUCACACAAAUAUUAAAUUAAUAUUGCUACACAGUGUAGUAUUAAUCAAAAUUAAAGAGCCAAUUACAAGAUUUUCUUGUGUAAAAGAAAGACCUUUUAUUGUUAAACAAAGCCGUUCUGAACAUGGAACCAUGAAAUGCUGCAGUCUAUAUGAGCUGGAUGGAAUUGGGGACAGGAUAGUCAUGACAUCCUUUAUAUUGCUUGUAGGAAGUAUAUCAGUAGUAAGAUUUUGCACACUACUUGAUCGACCACAUGUGGUCAAACAUAUAUAUAAAAGUGCAAGUCUGUGAAAUAUGUUCCAGAACAUUCUAGAACCCCCAUUCCUGAACGACUUGAUAAGCAUGUGUGCAUCCUUAGUAUCCAGCUCUGUUGCAAUCCUUGUUGGUUUCUAAGGUACGAACAUUUAAAAGGCUAGAAGCAUUAGUUGCAUGAUGGAAUGGCUGUAUGGAAGACUAGCCAUUUUUAAAAUAGCUAUUGAAUUGCUCCAAAUGUAUCUUAGGGUCAGUUAUAGGGAGGCAACACAAAGCUAAUUCUCUUCUGCCUUGCUGGCCAUCAGAAACAGAUCACGUAAGCUCCGUAAUUGGCAUGGGCACAUGUUGCCAUCGAUAUAUAGCAUUGACCCCAGUAUAUCCUUUAAGGUCAGGAGCAAAGCCAUGGAAAAGUACAACUUUCUGCUCCAUCCAUGAUAAUUAGUAGUUCCUGGGUUUUGACUGCCUAAACAAUGUAAAAAUAUAGGAGUCAGUACAGUGUGGAGCUGGACGAACGCAGCAGAUCAGGCAGCAUCAGAAGAGCAAUAAAGUCAAUGUUUUGGGUUUACACCCUUCAUCAGGACUGCCAUAACCCUAAAUGUUGCCUUUCCUGCUCCUCUGAUGCUGCCUGACCUGUUGUAUUCCUCCAGCUCCAUACUGUAUUGACUCUGACCCCAGCAUCUGAAGUUCUUGCUAGGUCCAAACAACUAAAAAUAUUUGGCGCUGGUUCUUUUGACUAAAGUUAUUAUAAUUCAGGUGUUAGAACUGUAGAGUGAUGAGAAUUGUGCCAAUGAUUGUAAAAAUAAUUAAACAUUUCUAAGUCAGAAGGUAUGAUAAAUACCAUUGAUUUCAAGGAUGAUAUUAUAAGUAGUGUAACAAUAGAUGGACAUUGCCAAAGUACUGUGUAAAAUUGUAACAUAGACAUGCUGGAAUGUUUUCAGGUGGCACCUACUUUAGAAUAAAAAUCUGAAUUGGAUAAAAUCACUAUUACUACAGAUUGUUUAAUGAUCUAAAUAUAAAAUUUACUUCGGAGAAUACCUUAUCUCUGUAAUAGAGCCAUCAUGGAAAUAUCUCAGACUUUUUAUAUGCUAAUGUUUUAAACUAUACAUGGAUAUUAUGUACAUGUACAGCGAGUUUUACAGUUAAAAUUACUUUUCAUCAUUUUGUGCUGCAGAACUCGAGUAUUGCUAAAAAAUGGCACAUUUUGUUGAAACUUUUUAUCUCGCUCUCAUCAGGACAAUUUGCAAGAAUAUCUGUCUGAGGAGAAAACGGACAUUUAUACUAAAUGAGGGGAGAGUGCUGAUUGGUUACCAAGUGGACUCUUAUUGCUGUAGGCUUGUCCAUGGAGAAUAAAUCAAUCAUUCAUGGUUUUCAGACCCACUUUGAAGUUAGGUUUGUAGACUGUACAUCCCGAGGAUGGAAGGAUCAUGCUAAGCAACGUUUCCCUUUGCCUACUCACAAAGAGUAACCUACUGACCUAACUUCCUCAUGCUUGCAAAAAUCCGUAACAUUCUGUCCAACAUGAAGUGUGUUUCUGCAACUGAACAAUAUUUGCCUGAAGAUGUAAGUUUUGAUAACCAAUUUUAGAUAACCAGUCGGGUUUGCAGUGUGCUGCACAUACAAAUACUGGAAGGGGUGUACUGAAAAACAGAGCCCAUGUUCUUUCCAAAUAGAUAGAAUAUGGGGCCAUACUCUGCUACUUUCAGUUUAGGUGACAGCCGUUUGUUUCUUCCUUUCUUAGGGUAAUGCCCCAGACAAUCAGAGUCUGACUGUGUGGUUUAAAUGUAAACAAGCCAGGCAAUUAACUGCAGAACAUCAUUAAUUGAAGCAUUCUCUACCAGAGUCCACUUUCUCUUUUAUAUUGUAACUAUUGGUUUACCCAUCAGAUUGGUGUUCGUGCAAAUUUUUCUGACGAAUACAAGACAAAAUGCCUUUGUUCAGCAACAAUAAUACUUUAGCAAAUUUAAAAACCACAAAGGAUUACCUAGAAAUGUUGGCAUGUGCUAGCUGAACGAGCAGCAAUUAUUUUUUAUUGACAUGUAUCUGGACCCACCAGAAACUUUGUUAUUUCUUUGUUAUUUAAAGUUUCUUUGCCAAUUUCCAGCAUCUUUUUAAAAACUGUAAUUGCUUUAUAAAAUAAAAAAAUC